AUGGUGGCCACAGACACACCCUUAGGGGAGGAGAGAGAGGCCAUUGGAGUAGAAUUAACAUUUCACUGGGAUUGUUUGGUACACUUAAACAUCAUGGCAGGUAAGGGUCGUGGAGUGGCCGCCUUCACCUUCAACAUCGAGGCUCUGGGCAUCGGCAGAGGCAGCAUGCCAGAGGCCAGGGUGGGGCCCAGCCCUCUGUUUCCACACACAGAUUUUAAACCUGUCCCACUGAAAUAUGAAGAGGAUGACAACUAUAUGCUGGCAUUAAAACAGGAGAUGAGAGGAACAAUGCAACGACGGCCACACAACAUUAAGCCCCUGAAUAAUAAGGCAGUGGUGGAGAGAUACACCGAGCGCUAUCUCAAGAAAAUCAAAGUUGAAGAUGAAGAAUGGACUCCAGAUUGGAACAUAUUCCCAAAAGAGCUGAUGCCCCAAAAGAAGAAAACGCGGCCAAAGACAAGUGCAAAGAAAAAAUCUGUUAAAGUGACACACAAAGACGCAGAGGCUGUGCUCAUUAAAUUAGAUGAAUUGGCAAAGAAAGAUGAUGGAACAACGGAAAACUCUGACGAUGAAAAGGAAAAGAAAGAAAAAAAUGAAGAUGAGGAUGAACUAGAAGAGGAGGCAAUUGACGAAGAGGAUAUUGAAGAGGAUAAUGAUUACAAUGAAAGCUAUUUUGACAAUGGAGAAGACUUCGGAGCAGUUAGUGACGACAACAUGGAUGGUGAAGCAACUUAUUGA